UUCUUUGUCACAAAAAGUAACAUUUAUCUUAAUUGUGUCAAUAUCUUUAUAGUGGUUGUACUUGUUGCUUUGUAGUUGAACGGUUGUCAUGUCCCCGCAGUGCUGGUGGUGGUGCUGUGACUCCGCCAGACACUGAACUCGAAACCCCCGCGGAUCAGCUCAAUGAGAGCAGAAGAUAACGUAAUAUUAAAAACACAUUUGUGAUCGAUUUAACGGUUCACGACAUCAGCAGGGAAUACUGUUCCGUAAUUUAAGGAAUUCCGAUGAACAUUCUGUGCAGUUGAGGAUCUGGGACGUGUUUACAGUCUGUCCGCAGUGAAACCCCGUAGAGGUUGAACCCACUGCAGCUGAUGUUCUCAGGGACCAGAAUCACGUGAUGUAUGAAGGUAAACACAUCCAUUUCUCAGAGGUGGAUAAUAAGCCGCUGUGCUCCUACAGCCCAAAGCUCUGCAAGCAGCGCAGAUUGAACGGAUAUGCCUUCUGCAUUCGCCAUGUUCUGGAGGACAAAACUGCUCCGUUUAAACGGUGUGAAUAUGUGGCCAAGUACAACAGUCAGCGAUGCACCAACCCUAUCCCCAAAGCAGAAGAGAGAAGAUACUGCAACAGCCACCUACAGGUGCUGGGCUUCAUCCCUAAGAAAGAGCGCAAGAAGAAGCAGGACGCUUUCGAGGAGGUGCGUGCCCGCGCUCAUGUUGAGUCCGUUGCUCUGAACAUCACCGUUCCUUCUCUGACACUUAGAGCCUCUAACGGGCUAGACGGCCUCCCACCGUCUCCACCCUGCUCUCGUCUCACCCCACUGCCCGUUUGCGACUCUGACCUCCUCGACCCCUUUGCCUUCUACGAGGAGGACACGGACGGAGAGGAGAGCGUGACGCAGAAAAGCUCCAGUACGAGGAAGCCACCUGGCAGGCCAGUGAUCGGCCUGAGGGUGACUGCCCGGGAACCUGAGCACCUUCAGCCGGACAUCAAGCACUUCAGCACCAUCACAGAACCCUGCACACUUCCAACCUCCCCACACCUGCCACAACCACCUCCACCACCGCCACCUUUACCUCCACCUCAACCCAUACCAAGGCUUGUCAAGCCCCUCCAACAUGCGGAUGACCCCCUCUAUGCCCAACAUGGUACAGUGCAGACUCUGCUAUGCAAUCCAGCUCCACCUCAGAGCAGCCCUUCAGUGCUAUCUGGCCUGCUCUCGUCAGCAGGGGCUCAGAACCAGGCACUCAUCCAGAGACCUCUUUCUGCUGCCUCUCCUUGUCCGCUGGAUGCCAAGGACUACCCUCAGCGCUGCUCUGUGGCCAUGCGGCCCGCUGCCUUUACAGCACCCCCUGUCUGCUUGCUCAGACUUCAGCAUCUUGUGCAGCUCUACACUCAAAGACAGAGAGAGCAUGGAGACCUGUUCCCACAUCUUGGGCUAGACUGGUCUGAGGACAGUACAGAUGAUGAAGAUACAGAGGACAUUGUACCUUUAUUGCCUCAGGCCUGGAGAAUACAGGAAGGAAGUCCUCUUUACUGCUACUCAGAUGUAAAACAGUUGUCCAGACGGGCACGUCUGGCACAGCUGUGUACAUACCUGCAGGAGAGGUAUAGACACCUGUGCAGACAGGACAGGGCAGCCACCCGUCACAGCAGAUACCGAUAUGCCUUCCGGAAAGCUUUGCUCCAUGCUGCAAGCAAAGACCCCGGCUGUACUGCACAGCUCAUUCAGAAGCUCAGCAAGAGCUCACAGAUCUCAGCCUGUUCAAGAUCUGCAGUACCACCAAAAUAUGAAAGGACAAUGUGUACAGGAACCACCAAGGAUCAAAGCUGCAGCAACAUAGCUUUGCCAUUUUCACGCCACUGUUUUCAACAUAUCCUACUGAAUCGCUCUCAGCAGCUGUUCUCCAGUUGUACGGCACGCUUCGCUGAUGGACAGCAGUGCUCUGUUCCUGUGUUUGACAUCACUCACCAGACACCUCUCUGUGACGAACAUGCAAAGAAAAUGGAUAAUUUCCUGCGAGGGGACGGUAACAGACGCAGUCAGCAGCAGCAACAGCGUCGCCCUCGUAAGAAGACCAAACCGCCCGCACUGACCAAGAAACACAAGAAGAAGAGGAGACGAGGUCCGCGCAGACCGCAGAAGCCCAUUCCUCCUGCUGUUCCACAGGGCAACCUGCCAAUGUCCUCCUCCCUUACACUGCCCGCUCACCAUGCCCACGUCAGGAGUCCAUCUACUCCAGAGCUCAGUGCAGAUGAGCUUCCUGAUGACAUCACAAAUGAAAUGCCUGACAUUACUAAUGAUCUUGAGCUGAAUCAGGAAGAUUUCUCUGACGUGCUGCCCAGACUACCUGAUGAUCUUCAAGAUUUUGACCUCUUUGAGGGUAAGAACGGAGAGUUGCUGCCCACCACCGAGGAGGCAGAAGAACUGGUCAGAGCCCUGCAGGCGAUGGGCUCAUAUCCCGACUCCCUGGUGUGUUUGUCCUCAAUAGGUGAACUGACCCCUGCGGACGGAGUCGACCACCGCACCAUGGCCGUAUUUUCUGGAUCGGGGGUCACGGCGGCAGGCAUCGGAGACCUUCUUAAUGGCCGCAUGACUUCUGAGACCUUUCCCAGUUUAGAACUGGAGGGUAACCUUCUCCACGCCCCACCAGACCAUAAUUUUUCCACCUCCCUUUCCUCUCAGCCCACUCAGAGUAACACCACAGGGCAUACCAGUCCCACUAGUGGAUUAACAGAACAAACAUUUUCACGGGCUCCCAAGUCUGACUCCUCCACACCAGUUAGUCAUUACAGCAGCGAGCACUUGCCAUCGCCCUACAGGGAUCACAUCUCUCCCCGACAUGGUGCCUCUUAUCAAACUGACCCUCCUCUUUUGCUGGAGAUGCCUUUGAGAGGUGCUCCAGGGCCUCCACGCACCUCUUGGAAUAACCUCCACCUGUCGCUUACGGAUCCGGUACAGUUCGGGAACCUCCUCAGUGCUGAAAGUCAACUCCUCUCCACCUCUCUCUCCACCCCUCUCUCCGCCCCACUCUCCAACUCGCACUCCACGAUCAUGCAGCCGACCGCUGCUCUCUCCGCUCUUCCCCAGCCGGGCCUGACCGGCCUCACGUCACCUUCAUCCUCGCCCUCUUCUCGUGACCUCCUCACCUCCACCCUACCUAAACUACAGCUCCCGCAGUUUAGCGCAGCCUUCGGCCACCAACUGGCUUCCCACAGUGGGAUCCCCAAAGACCUGCAGCCCAGCCAUAGCUCAACAGCACCACCUACAGGCUUUAACGUCACUAGUGCCACUGCUGCCACGCCCCCCUUCCCUCAGAGCAACUGAGUCUAGAUAGUGAGACCCAGCAAACGAAAGACCAUCCCACCUCACGCAUCAUUUAUGUUCUAUCACAAACAGCCUUUUGACUUUUUUAGUAGCAGAGUCCUUCUGGACAUGGUUAUCCAGAUUCUCUGCAGCCACCUACAUACAGCAGCUAAAUAGUCUUCGCUCACACUAGGGGUGUAACGAUUCUUACACGAACCAUACAGUUUGCCACCCACAGUUUGGUAAGCAUUUGCAACGUGGUUCAUCUCAAGUGAAACGACGCAUCUAGAGCAUACGGUUUGGUAUGGUAAGAAAACAGCGUAAAAUAUACGAGAUUAAUUGCAAAAUUCGCUAAUGCACCUGUUUGGCUUUGUAGAUGGAUACGCUCUCCCUGUGUCUCACAUGGGUCAACUUUUUGACGCUAUAACUAAGCAACAUAUUUGCGUAUUGACAUGAAACUACUACUUGUCAUAACAAGUAUGACCUGAAGCUACCUGCAGUCACUGUUUGCAGAUAUUGCUUAACACAAGUGGCGUAAACUCAUGGUUAUACAUUGAAUAUGAUAUCCAUUUACGACAUCACUCUGCUAUAAAUAGCACAUGCAGUAACAUUCGCAGUGAAGUGCAGGUGAGCCCGAAACAGCACACACUCCCUUUAAUUUUAAGCAGGCACUCAGUGCUAAUUCAAACUGAUAUAAAACAAUAACUAAAACACUUGAGGUGUUCAUUCUCAAAGUUAUGUUGCACUACUGCGUUCAUGAAGAUUCGGAAUUUUAGCAAAUGAUUAAAGGGGUCAUGAAUUGGAAAAUCAAACUUACCAUGAUAUGUUGACAUAUAAGUUGAGUUCAUAGCACUAUAAAAACAUACUGUAAAUUUCAGAACCGAAAACUUCUUUGUUAGUCCAAAAAAAGGCUUUAUUGAAACCAAGGUGCCAAAAUGGCUUGUUCUCUACUUCCUCCUCACUAAUACGUCGUAGUGAGGUAUUAUAUCAGCACAGGCCAACCUCUGCAUAAACAGAUCAAUGGCUACUUUAUCAUCAGCACUGCUUAUGCCCACCCACCGGUCUUGCGGUUAGAGCAGUGAGAUUAUUUUUGGAGCAACAGGAGGUGUCACAAUGGCCACGAAGAUGUCAAGACGUUGCAGUGCCAGGUUGUGCGAAACUAGAUUUCUUGCAUUUGCAUCGCAAGGUUCCCAACAUUAAGAAAGAGUGGCUGACGUUUAUUUUUAAUGAAGUCCCGGAUUGCGUCAGUAAGAAUGUGUUUGUUUGCUCGAUUCAUUUUACCAAUGAUUCUUCCACAAACAAUUCACAAAACGACAGUUCAAAUUGUAUUAGUUUUAAUGCACAGGCAUCUCUAAGCAGCAUAUAUUUUCUUGUUCUGUUGGCAUGAUGGCACAAUUGCCACAGAUGCACCUAUAGAGUAUUGAUAUCAAUAUAUUUAGACAAUCUCUUUCCUUUUUAAUGAAAACAUGACUCAUUGUAAUGAACAACGUAUGCAUUUGUCACUGCACUGAAUAUAUGAUGAAAGAUGUUUAUAUAACAAACGACAGUGUGACAAACACCGGUGAAUGUAUCCUGUAUAGGUUUACAUGUUGCACAGUAAGUGUAUCCUUUCACAGUUUAUAAAAGUGAUAGCACCAUAUAUUUACACUUUAUUUGGUACUGACAUGCGUUACUCAGCAUUUGUAAAACACGGAAAUAUUUCACCGUUGGAAAAUGCCCCAAUUAUGUAACAAAAUACACACCGUUGUGUCGCGUCUUGGUUUAAACAACAAUAAAAGUAAUACCUAUUACACAAAUAGACAAGUAAAUGGCUGCAGUAUCUGUGGUGUUUGUGAUGGGGGUUACUUUUCUUCAAAUUCGGGAUCAGACUCUGGCUCAAGCAUGUAUGGAUGAAUUCCUCCGGUUGUCAUUUUUUUAACCAUCCGAAGUUUAAAAAAACCCCCCACACACGUGUAAUGGCGGGGGCGUUUAAACUUAUCCACAUGCAAAGAUGGUACCCAAUCACAGCAGUGGGUGUUUACACUGAAGUCUUCAAGAACACGCGCCCCAAAAAACGGAGCAUUUGAAUCAGAGGCACAAAAACUGGAUAGAAAAUGACCAAUUAUUCCUAAAUUAUGACUACUUCUAAUGAAAAAAUCACACUAACAUAAGUGGACCUCAAGAAACAUCAUAAAAUAGAUUAAAAAUCCAAUUCAUGACACCUUUAAAUCAUGCAAGCCGCAUUGCAACAUCCCUUCUCGUAUCCAUUUUAAUAGCAAGAGUGUUCUUUCCAUAGUGAGGUUUAGCUUCUGAAUGUUGAGUAUAUGUUGAGUUGAUUUUGAAAUGCACUUUGUUGAUGCAUGUAGCAUAAUAUUGCAGGUAUUAAGUUAAAAUGUUAAUUUAGUAAUUAGAAAUUAACCAUGGUUUUGCUAUAGUAAUAUUGUAGUUACAGUGACUGAAGUAUGGUUCAUUGGCAGAAAUGCUGCAGUAUCCAAUAUGAUUUACAAUAGUAAUAUUGUAGGAACCAUGAAUGUAUGAUGCAUAGUUUAAUUUGCGGUAACUAUCAUUUUAUUAAAAAUACCAUGGUCAAAUUAUGGUUACUGUAGUAAUAUUGUAGUGAGUUUUCAUAAGUGCAAACAUGUUGAAGUGUUUGUAACCAAAUUAAGUGUUCUUAGUUUGGAUUUGGCAGUAUAUAUUUUUUAUUCCUGAACAUGGCAAGUACCAAACCGCACUAAAACUUUGACACAAACUAAACUUUGAGAAUUUGAACCGUUACACCCCUAGUUCACACCGCAGCAGAAUACAGUUGUCAGCCCUGUUUUAGAGUGCUAAAUAAUAUCAUGUUCAUACAGUUAACACAGAGUUCAGUUACAAACAAGGGUGACAAUCGCAUUCUAUAACUGAACAGACUUGCUUAAAUUUUCAGGACAAAAUUUUCAUUUAUUUAUGGGAGUGCCAACCACAUUCUACAACCAAAUUCACUCUUGGAAAAAUUCAGGUAGUGACAACCAGAUUUUUAAUAAAUCAAUGUAGUUUGUACAGAAAAGAACUGGAGCAUGUUUGUUGGAGAUGCAUUGGUAGAGAAACUAACUAGCUAGUCAUGACUGUUUCCCGAAACCUUAGUAACUGUGUCGCAAAUCAGCAAGUUUGCCGUUCGAACCACAUUCAGUAAUGUGUUCAACAGUGUUGGUAAUGUUGUAAUAAAUUUACGCAGGGUGUGAAGUAAUAUUUCAUGCGGAUGUUGAAUGGAUGUCAAAGUCUUGACUCUGUAAUGGAAUGAAAGAAAAGAAAGUUUGUGUUGAUUAAAAAUAAUUUGAAAGAAGGCGGUGAGGGCGAUUGAUUUAUUGUUCUGCAUUUGUUGCUUAUUUUGCUCAUAAGCAUUUCUAAAACUAAAAAUGACACGGACAGCACAGUUUACAAAGACUGAAGUUCAAGUGCUGUUGGAGGAGUUGACAGCCAUAAACAGCCAUUCUCAAAGUUUAAAAAUACUGUCACAAAUGCUGACAAGAAAAUCUUCUGAACGGAUAUCAAUUGAAAAAUAAAUACAGCAGCUAACAAGAAACUGUGCUUCUAACCACAUGAGGUGAGCUGUCGUUUCAACCACACAACUUUGUGAUGCUGUUUGCGAAUGUUCGUUGCAACUAUGGUUUCGGGAAACACCAGAUCGUAACUAUGUUGGUAAUGAUGGAACUUGCGACCAUAGUUGGCUAACAAUGCUUUUUGGAAAACGCACCCUGAACCACUAGUUAAUGCAGUGAUGCUAUUCUCUGGAGACUGACAGCUUGUCUGAGGUGCGGUGCUUGUAAAUCACAGUGUCUUAAGUCAUUCACAUAUUUCGAUGCCAGGCUGUCUCUCUCCACUGUAGCUGACCCCCACCAGCUCUACGGACUAGUAGAAGCCAAUACUUUAUGGUCUCUAUAUAGCUAUAUAGCCACGCCCUCCACAGCUUCACCCAUCAUUCUCUCAUUUGUCUCUCAGACAACAGGGCUGGUCUUGAACACCUCUGAGGUCAAUUUGGUCUUGGGUCUCAAGAGAAUCCACUGUACGGCUUGUAAUCAGGACAUUUUUUUAUAGCACUGAACAGUAUGAUUCUUUCAUGGGUUCUUCGAUCAGUGGACCUGACCUGGGCUGCUCACAUCAGAGGGUCAACUUGGUUAAUUAAAGCAAUAAUCUCAUCAGCAGAGCGUCCCGCCCCAGUCUUCAGGUGUGGCUCAGCAGCCUCAGCUCUCAUUCUGGGGCUACGAACAGCUGGAUCUCUUUCUUUUGAAACGGUUUAAUGUAUGGCUUAACUGUUUAGUUAACAGGAAAGUUCUCAACCCAGUCCUUGGUUAACUUGUAAAAACACUGACAUGGACCUCAUUCAGCAAAAAGAAAACAGAACAAUGACAUUUUGAGGUCAUUAUCACCAAAUGUAUGGGUUAAAAUGUUUGUUUUUCUUCAUGGUGCUUAACAUGUUUAGCAUGAAGUGGCCUCCGUUGGUUAUUAUAAUACAAGAGCCCUCUGUGGUUUCAGAGUGCAGUAGACAUGGCAGAUUGGGUGAAGGGAGAGUUGACAUCAGCUGAAACGACCCUGUGUUUGGUGUGGGGACCUUUGGUGCAAUCUUAAAUGGAGAAUGAUUUGUGCAACCUGCUGGUUUUUUUCUCCAGACUUCCAUGCACGUGUCAGGUUUCAACACAGCCAUUUUUAUCCACCGUCAGUCCGCCUUACGACACAUGGGACCAACAUUCCCUUUGGAUUUAAUUGUUGUUUAAGGUAUGAUAGUAAAACCAAGGUUUUUGUUAGAUUUUAGACACUGAAAGAAUGGCUCACAUAUUGUUAUUAAGUGUUAAAUAUAUUUAUAAGUAGAAACCUCUAGAUUGGGUUUUAUUGUUUGAAUUGAGUGGCAAAAGACUAAAUAUGAGAUGUAAAAAAAAAAAGAAACUAGUCAUUUGCAACACACUUGGUGGAACUGAAACUUUCUGUGGCAUAAUGUUUGGUAGAUUUAAUAGCUAUCAAAAUUGUCAUGAUCAAUCAUUUUUAUUGAUUGAUGUCAUUUAUUUGGAUGAGGAGACUGUGACCAUGGGUGACAGUAUUUUUGAUAGCUAUUAAAAAAGUAACAGUCAGUGGAUGCUGAAAGACUGAUGGUAGUUUGAAAGUAAAACCACAAUCAUGGCCCUUGUAUUCACUUUUCUGAAAUGAUCUCACUAGCUUUUGACAUUCUUACACAAGUUGUUUUUAUGAACUAUACAAUACUAUGCAACAAUUCUCUUAAGAAUGGUUUUAUGAAAUAUUCAAUUAAUUCUUACAUAAAUUGUUUUAUUGAAUAGUUUGUAAAAAACAUUCUUAUGUGAGUUGUUGCAUUGUUUUUUAUUGUUUUCAGUUCAGUGCAACAACUCUUGUAAAAAUGGUUGCAUGAAUUAUUCAGAGAAAAUUUACAUAAGAAUUGUUUUACAAACUAUUUAAUGAAUUGCGUAAUUCGUCGUAUUGAAUGAAAUAAUUAGUAAAAUCAUUCUUCCACAAAUUGUUGCAUUGAAUUGAACAUUCUUACGUGAAAUGUUGCAUUCAAUUUAAUGGGGCAUUUUACAUAGUCAUUCUGCUGGUGUUUUAUGAAUGACACCCUCAGAGAAUGCCAUAUUGAUCAUGGGCAUGCGGGAGCCAUUCGUUUUGGCCAUUAUUUCAUUAUGACUUGUUUUUGCACAAAUAAAGUGAGGCAUCCUCUAUAACAUCAACUAGCUGUCCACAAAUAAAGUGAAUUUCAAAGAGAACUGUAGUGAAAAGACAUGGUUAAGUUUCUUGGUCAUGCAUUUUCACUUACAUUAUAUGUCACAGGUCUAAAUUACUUUUUCACUCACUUGUGCAAAAGCCUGAUACAUGUGAUCAAGUCAUCAUUAGUUACUCUCCCUGCCAAUAUUCAACAGUUGUGGCAAACAGGUGUUUCAUUAAUCUAACAAGCUGUAUUGUUGUGUCCACAGUCCAUGUCAAAACUGUGUUACUACUGUGUGUACAAAAGCAGGUCCACUGCACAGAGAAAAUCCCAGAUGGCACAUCGCUUGCACUCUGUUUUAAAAUGGCUGACUGAUUCCUGUACUCACUGAAUGUACUGUAGAACUGUUUUUAAAACCAAUAGGAUAAUCUAGUCACCUAUUGUUAUUGGUCUUUUAUUUGUCUAAGGUAUUUUUUGUAUGCAAAAGUUUACAUUUUUAUGUAUAUUUUUCCUGUAUAAAAAAUAUGUAAUAUGUGUAUAAACAUUGUCUGUAAUAUCUGUAUAUAGAGUGAAAAAUUUUGAUCUUGUUUUUGGAUGUAAGAAAUAAAAUUGUGUGAAUUUG